GUUUAUGCGACGGGGCGGAUGAAAAUCCAACGAUCCCGGUAAAACGCCGCCGGGUGACGGCGGAAAUGGAAGGGAAAUACAUCAUCAACAUGCCCAAGGGCACCACGCCGAGGACAAAGAAAAUCUUGGAGCAGCAAGCGGCCAAAGGUCUGCAGAGGACGUCUGUCUUUGACCGGCUGGGAGCCGAGGCAAAAGCGGACACGACCGCAGGAGGGAAGCCCACGGGGGUUUUCAGCAGACUGGGUGACGCCCUGGGGACCGAUGGGGACAAAGCCACCCAGAGCGACGACGAUUGCUCUGUCCUCCAGUACGCCGGCGUCCUAAAAAAACUCACCAAACCUCCCCGUAAAGAAAGCAGCGAGCCGGGAGGGACCAUCAAGGCGAAAGCCACCAGUUCGGAAACCAAACCGGUCACCGGCGCCGUCCAGCGACUUGGUCCCAGGAACGCCGCUGGGAUCCGUACGGCGACGAAACCGCAACCGGCGGCAUCCAAAAUCGGUGGCGGCGGUGGUAUUGCUGCGGUGCCGGUCGAAGCCCAGGACGGCGACGUCACCAGCACGAAGGAUAAAAACGAACCCGGCUUUCGGGUGACAAUCAAAAGGACCUGGGGGUGCGGGAAGGUGAGCAGCACCAGCGAGACCCCCGGCGCUCAGAUGGACAGCGCCGGCACGGUUAGCGUCUUUAAACGGCUGGGGAAAAAACCGGAUUGA